CCAAGCUGCUCUCCGGUAAAUAAAACAUUAAAAUAACUGUUUAAUCGGGUUUAAACGGACAAAAAAAAUGGAAGAAAAUGACAGGACUGAGCCGGAGAUUCAGGGCGACGGGACAGAGGCUGCCAGCAUUGACGACGAAGAGGUUGAGGACCUUCAUAACAGUUUAAAGGAAGUAGUCCAAGAUCCUGCUGUAAAGCCCAAAUUCCAGUGUCUGAUGGUGGACCCGUCAUUCUCCAUGGUGACAGUACAGAGCGAGGACAGUGGCAUUGUGUGGGAGACUGCAUCCAGCAGGUGUUCAACACCAUGGGCAUCGGAGGCCAGCUCUCCUUCAGAUUCAUAUAGCCUGGAGGGAUCGGGGACACAGGGUAAUAUAGUUAUCAUCAUGGAUGAAGAUAGGGUGAGGAGAAAGAAAAAAACAAGCAGCAGAGGAAAGUUGGGUGACAGGUUUCGCAGACCAGGCUCCAGAUUGUCAGGCUCUGCAAUAGGAGAGGAGCGACCUGCCAUGAUUGAAGUAUCUGUGCCAAAUAUAAGAUGUGAAGAUUCAGAGGAUGUUCAAACAGCACAAGGAAAACAGGACAAGGAUCAAGAGCUAUUUAACCUGAUUUCUGAGGGUUUUGAAAUCCUCAAUAUUGUAGUCCCAUCUAAACUUCCUACAGUGGACGAGGAAUGCAGUACAGAAUUGGCAGACAAUUUGGCCUACUUGGAGGACACACCAAAGCUCAAAACAAAAUGCAAACUUGAAAGCCUAGCUCCCACCACCAUUCCUACGGUCACAGAUAUAGACAUUGACAUUCAGGAAAUAAAAGAUGAUAAUCAAAAAGACUUAUCUCAGCCCCCUGCUAAUGAGCAGUUACAGAAAGAUGAAACUGAUAUGGACUACUUGGAGAAAUUCACACUCCUAGAUCAACAUGCACCAGAUGAGGAAAAGCCUGAGGCUACACAUGAUAUAGAGCAAGACAAACCUCAUGUCCCUGUAGAAGAACAAAAGGUGGAGGACACAGUGGAUGAGAAUUCCUUUGUCAUUGUGAGUGAGGUGGAAAUUGCAGAUGAUCAACUAGAUGAAGUGUUUUAUGGAGCAAGUUGCAAUGCAGAACCUGAAAUUCCAUCACACGCUAAGGAAGACAAAGAACAUACAAGUGGGAGCUUUAAAACACUCAAAGAGUGUGGUUCGACUUUAUUUGGCAGCCAGGAGACUAUACUUACUCCAAUUUUUCUUCCCUCUGGCCCACCCAAGAUCAUAGAUCAAGAUCUCCUUGAUGAGCCAAGAGCAAUGUCGUUCCAUUACUUAGACCUUUAUGAAGAUGCUAUUGGAGAUCGAAAAAAGGAUGAGGAUGCAUCAGAUAUCGAGAGUGUCGUUUCAGAAAAGUCAUUUAAAAGACGUUUUUCUGAUUCGGAUGAUGGAGAUGGCUACCUGGAGAAAUUCAUAUUGAAGGAUGACACUUCAGCAGUUGAAGAUGUAGAUGAAGUUGAUACUCAGAGUGAUGGUGAUAGAGUCAUAUGGCCGCAAAGUAAAUUUGAAAUGUCUGGAUGUUUAAUUCGUGUUAAGGAAGACACUGCUCCCCAAGAAGAGGAUGCUGGUGUCAAUCAAGUGGAGGUAGAGAGCAAAGAUGUUUCGAAAGAUGAAUGCCAGCCUUCAUAUUCAUCAAAAGACUGUGAAGAGUAUGAUGAACUGAAAACUGGUUGUAUGACAGUAAAUAGUCCUUCAGAGACCUCACAAGGGUGUGAGGAUUGUGAAAUGAAAACUGGCUGUGCAAUUCAAAAAAUAGUCUCAUCUGAUAUGUUUCCUUGCAUAAUAAAUCAAGCAAUUGAAACAGCCAAUCAGGAAUCAGAUAAAUCUGUAUUGAUAGAACGUGGAAAAGGAGGUGAAGCUCUGGAACCAACAAAAAUCGAUGACAAAAAGGUGACAGCUGGACUACAUGAAACCAUUUUUAUUUCCAAGGAGGACACAUCGGACAAGGGGCAACACGUUACAACUACAACACAAGAAAUGGGUAAAGCUAAUUUAUUAAAGGAUAAAGAAACCUCAGAUGUAUCAUUAACAGCUAAAGAAACAGGACGUGUACCUCAUGGAGAAAUCCAUCGAAAAAAGGUUUAUGAACCAGAGCAUUGUGAAGAUGUGACGGUUCCUGAACCUGAAUAUCAGGUAAUAGUUAGUAAAGAAAGUAAACCUGAAGUUCUCCAGAGUAGGACGAUACCUACUGUAGAGGAAGAUCGCAAAAAAUCUGCAAUCCAAUCGAUUUUACCUGACAGUGAGAAGCUGGAGAAAGUCACUGACAAAACUGUGCUACCAGAGAUGAAAGGCCACAUUACAAGUGCAGCUGCAGACAGUGAAGGAAAAACUGAUUUGAAAACUUUAAGUGAACAGAAGGUUUUGGAGGAAGUACUGGUAUGUGAAGCAGAUACACCUAAAGAGAAAGUUGAAGAAAUCAAGGUUGAGGAAAAGCUAAAAGAACAAACUGAAAAAGAUACUGUACCAGAGUUUAAUCGAAAGACUUCAACUACACACAGUGUAACAACAGAGAAGAAAGAAAUGCUAGAUCAUGUCGCUAAGUGUGUCUUUAUACCAGAGGAAGAGGAGGGUGAGUCAGUGGAGGUGAAGAAAUACUCAGAAACAGAUUCUAAUAAAAUCCUAGAGAGCUCAGGCAGAACACACAAGCGCAAAAGUGAUGUUGUACCAGAAGAAAUCCCCAUAGCGUGUCCUUCUGCUCCAGAAGUUACUGACAGAGAUCUGGCAGCAGCAAUGCUCGAUGAGAAGGUGUGCAGGGAAGAGAACCUAAAGCCGGCAGAUGCUCAUGUUUUAAAUGACUCACAUGCUGAGAUUAAGAUGAUUUCACUCAUUCCUGCUUUAGAAAAAGAUGACUCAUCUGGUGUUACAGUGCCUCCACCUGUAAGACAUGAAUAUGAUGGUGAAAUAAGGGAUGUAGCCCUUAAGCCUGUACAUGCAGUAGCUGUAGACAAAGUAGAUAGUGUCUCUAAAAUGUCAGUACAAGAGGUGGAGGGAAAAAAGGAAAGUAAAUCAAAGAGAAUACCGCUAAAGGAUACGCACAGAGAAGAGUUAUGGAGAACUCUGGAGCCUACAAGUCCUUCCCCUCCUAUGGAAAUACAGGACUCAACAAUGAGGGUUUCACCUUUAGAGCAAGAAGAAUAUGAUAAAGAAAAUGAUAUAUUUGCAGUGGAUCAAAGCAUAGAAAGGGACAAAGGCCGCUUUUCCACUUUACGAAGUUUCAGCCCACUGGAGGACCUCACUGGGUUUGGCCGUGAUUUGCCAGGGCAGGAUUUGCCAAAGGAAAUAUAUGAGGAGCUAGAUUAUGAGAUGGUCACUGAGCAAGAUGCAAGACAGUCAGAGACUGAAGUAACUGUAAAUAAAGAAGAAUAUCAGGAACGUGGCCAGGAUCAAUCCCCAGAGCCAGCUAUUGAGGCAGACUAUGAGUUUAUUGGGGACUUGGAAGGAACUCAAAUCCCAGAGCUCAGGCUGCUGAAGGAAAAAGGGGAAGUUCAGCCAAUGGAUGCUUUCUGCCUUGUUUGUCAUUGCCCAAUAUUAAUGAGUGAUGGUGGCCAUAAAAAUCACGAGGUGUCAACACUGGAAAAAGCAUUCAAUGACAUUAAGAUUCAGUUGAGUAACUGGAUAUCGGUUUUACAAGAAAGAUCCGAAAAUAUUGAAGACAUGGUAUCUGAACUAGAGCUGGCGUACAACUCUGUGGAGGAGCAAUGUAAGGACAGUGAGAAAGCCCUGGACGAGCAGAACGAGGAAGUGCUGAAGCUGGUGAUGGAGCGGUAUAAUGAAAUGUCUCAGACGAUGGAGGAGGAGAAAAAGAGCAAACUUGAGCAGCUUUAUGAUCAAAUUGUGUCCUUCCAAGAGAACACUGACUCGGCCAAAGAGACAAUGGAGACGACGGCAAAAGAGAUAGAAGAGACAGACGAGUUAGUAUUUUUGUCGUCAUACAAAGACAUUGAUGCGAGGUUAAAAACAGCUUUAGAUUCAGCCAUGUCUCUGGAGCUUGGCCCACGAGGUUUGGAUGUAUUCGAGGAUUAUGCCAAAGGCACCACAGGAAAUGGCAAGAAAAACCGUCAAGUGAUUCCAGUGCCGCAGCAACCCCAUCUUCAGCCGCAGGAGACUAGUUCUGCCACAAGCACAUCUGUCACCGUAUACUGGACAGUGAAUGAAGGAGACAUCAUCGACUGUUUCCAGGUUUACUGCAUGGAAGAACCUCAAGGAGCCAUCUCAGAGGAGUACAGAGUGACAGUGAAGGAGAGUCACUGUAAUCUUGAGGAGCUGGAGCCAGAUAAGUGCUACAAGGUGUGGGUCAUGGCAGUGAACUACACCGGAUGCAGCCUGCCCAGUGAGAGACUUCCUUUCAGAACGGCCCCAUCUGUUCCAGUGAUUAACCCAGAAACUUGCACGGUGUUGUGGGACACUGCUAUAAUCCGCUGGAGCUCAUCUCAGCCCAGUUCUGCAGAGAGCUUCACUCUAGAGUACUGCCGUCAAUACGCCCUCGAGGGAGAGGGCCUCAGGUCUGUGUCUGGAAUAAAAAGCUGCGAGCACAAGGUUCUCCUGCAACCCAAUGAGAAUUUCCUGUUUUACAUCAAAUCAGUGAACAGCGCAGGAGCAAGUGAGCAGAGCGAGGCAGCUCUCAUCUCCACACGAGGUACGAGGUUCCACUUACUGAGUGAAACAGCCGAUGUGGUGCUUAAGGUUUCUGAGGACAAGCACUCUGUGCAGUAUCCCGUGGAAACCUACAAUAAGAUGUCUGCAGUAAUCGAAUGUCCAGCGGUGAGAGGGGAGCUUCUUCCCCAAGUUGGAUGUCACUACUGGGAAACAGCGGUGGCUGGGUGUAAGGCCUACCGCAUUGGAGUUGCCUAUCAGACUGAACCACGAGACAGCGCAGUGGGUGAAAGCAGCACCUCCUGGUGUCUGCACUGUGUACCCACAUCCAUCAGCUGUAGGUUCGAGCUGCUCCACGACAACGUGGAAUCUGACAUCUUUGUGACGGACGUUCCAGCUCGUAUCGGGACGGUCCUAGACUUCGUGCAGGGACGCUUGAUCUUCUUCAACGCUCAGAAUGGUCAGUGUCUUGGCUCGUUCCAGGAAUCCUUCAGCCAAUCCUGCUACCCCAUAUUUACCCUGGAGAGACCCGGCAACCUGGAGCUGAAGAUGACCAUGGAGGUCCCGGAGUUUGCCAAGCACUGGUAGCUCAAAGGAGGAUGGAUUUCUGGAGAAUCCAUCUUUAUUCUCUUGGCCUUGUGAUCUGGAAUCUGUCAGACAGACUGUGUGUAUGUGUGUGUGUGUCAUAUUUAUUAGGUUCUUGGAAAUAAAUCUCAGGCUCAUGGGUUAGUGCGAGGAUUCUCUCUCUUUGUACAUGAUAUACAGGGUUUAUGUAGUUAUGGAAUACAACAUCUUUCAACCUAAUCUCUAUCUCACAGAGUGCAUGGAAUUACCAAUAACUAUUGGUGCCAAUUUAUUGACUUUACUAACAAAAAUGUGGCCUAUUGUAAUUAGAAACCUAAUUAUAAGAACUGCUAAAUUCUAUCAAUAUCAUAUGCAAGUAUGAAAUGCAAACUUAAAACCUGAUAAUGUUAUACUAAAUACCAAAUUCUGGUCACUUUCCUUUGGUAUUCAUGUGACGUGAACCUUUCUGUACUUGUGCAAUAACCACAAAUUAUUGAAAAGAAUGGUUUCAUACAGAUUAAGAUCUUUUUUUUUUUUUAUACAAACUACAAAAACCUUGAAAGAAGUGGCUAAAAUGGAAUUCAAUAACUGCCCCUACCCUUUUACUAUGAAUGAGUUUGCAGUAAAGGGCUUUCUGUUCAAUUCCUCAGUACAGGAAGUGUAUCAGGAUUAUUGUUAAUAACAAACAAUGCACAUGAGAUCAUGUUAAAAAUGUAAAAUACAGUGGCGUAUUCCUUUAAGGUAAAUAUGUUUCUUAAAACUGGAUUUCUAUUCAAAAGGUUUUUUUUCCCAUUUGGUUUUGGUAGUUGAUAGGUUUGUAAAUAAGGUACUGGUGAAUGCAUACUAUUUAUUUGAUUGUGUAAUAACCAGUAGUGUAAUGUACUAAAGCAACAGAUUACAGAAUGCAUACUAUGAGCAUUUUGAAAUUUAUUGAAAUUUAUUGUAUUGCUAAUCACAGUUGCUUUUCUUAUACGUUAUUAUUUACCUGCACAUAUCAUAGCUGACCAGUAGAUGCUGCUGUAGUCUUGUGCAGUUUACAGAUUUACAUUUGAUACUCCCCCCUCCUGAUCUGUUUAGCAGAAGUUUUUUCACUUGCAAAUUUUUACUAGCACCUUUUUUUCUUAAUAACAUUUGAUUGCAGUCUCAUAUGAAAUCACAUUAAAUUGCAAAUAUUUAUCCAAUUUGAUCACUAUCUACAUCUUCUAUGUCUACCAAAAUAUACAUGAGAACUUCAUUUUAUUUCCAGUGUAACGUUGCUCUCUACCCCUGACCAACUGAGGCAACCCCACACUGUCUCCAGAUGCAUGAUGGGUUCAUCGCUUUAUGCUCUUCCAGUCUUAUCCUGAGACGCCUAUCUGUCUGGCAUAGGAUCAAUCUGACCACAUGACCCAUUGCUCUAAAAUGUCCAAACUUUAUGCUGUUUAGCAAAUUGAAGAUUUUUCCAGUUACACUUACUAACAAGUGCUUUACUUAUGGCCACACAGCUGUGUAGUCCUAUUCCAGAGUUCUCAUCACAUAACGCUCUUAAUUUCAGUAUUAAACACAGCUGUGAUUUCUAAUGUGAAAUAUUUUUACGAUGCCAAGCAUGUCCUAUCAUGGGCAUUUGUGAUUUUUUUUUUUGUACCAUAUUUCUUCCAUAAAGUUGAUGGUUCACCACUAUCCUUUCUUGUUUGACAAUUCUUAACCUAAUUCCAGUCAUUUCAGAAAUCUCCUUAUUUGUCUUCUUUGCUUGAUGCAGGCCAAUAUAUCUUUUUGACUGUUUAACAGUUUUAUUGUUUAAGAAAUGAGAAGCUCCUCACUGCAUCAAGUUUAAAAAAUGCCAGCUGAAGCACAUUAUGAAGUAUUACAUAAGUAUUUGUUUAUUUAAAUUCCAAAUAGUGACUAUUUGAUCUGUGCAAAAGUCUUAAGCCACCCCUCAUUUCUUCCUGUUUUGCUUCCAAAGAGCUGACUUCCUUCUAAUUUUCAUUUAUUCUUGAGGACUAGUUCUCCUGAAGGACUUUUAGGCUCUCACCUCCAGUCCAGUCCCUGCACCUGACCAGUUUCAGAGGAAUGUGAAGAGAGGAAAGAAAAAAAAACAUUGUGGGGAAAUACAACUCAUCUCCAUGAUUCAAUAGUUAAUGUAGAUCAACUUUUAGCAGCAAUAACUUGAAGUUACUAUUUCCCGUAAGACUUUAUCGUGUCUUUCACAUCGUUGUGGAGACAUUUUGGCCCAUUCUUCUUUACAUCAUUAUUGCAGUUCAGGUUUUUGGGAAUUCGCUUAUGCAUAGCUCUCUUAAGGUUCCGCCACUGCAUUUCAUUUGGGUUGAGGUCUGGACUUCAUUGUUUUUUUUAUUUUUCACCUAUUCUGAUGUACAGUAGGUUUAUUGGUGGGCUUCAGACCACUGCAUCUCUUGCAUGACUCAAUUUUAACCAAGCUUUAGCUGUCUGACAGAUGGCCUCACAUUUACCUCUAGAAUACUGCAAGGUGCCCAGGUUCUGUGGCUGCAAAACAAACCUUAAUCAUCCCCUCUUGCUGUUUGACUGUGGGUAUGAGGUGUUUCUCCUGAAAUGCUGUUGGCUUUUCCCUAAACAUGACACUGGGCAUUAGGGCCAAACCACUCCACUUUGGUCUCAAGGACAUUGUGGUUUGCUUAGUUGCAAUUUUGCUAACCUCAAUCAUGCUUCCAUGCUCUUUUUAGACAAAAGAGACUUUCUCCUGACAACCCUUCCAAACAAACCAGACUUGUUCGGUCUUCUUCUAAUUGUGCUGUAAUGGACUUCAAAAUGUAACAUGCUCACUGUGCCCUGUACGGUGUGUAAGGUAGACCAUUGCUUAUAUCCUUCCCUCUUGGCAUUCUGUAAACAUACAGCAAACUGCCAAAUCUUCAGAUUUUCUACAGGUCUGUACACUUGCUGAUGGUCAAUUAAUGAAGGGCUGAUGAUUAGCAGCACCUGGCUGCAAAUCCUGGAAAGCAGUGAGGGGAUACUUAGUACUCCCUACAUGUUUGUUUCUUUUUGCCUUCAUUUUUGUUAAAUACAUAAUGGCACGUUGAAAAAAGUGAUAUAGUGUUGUUUGUCUUGGGUUGUAUUUGCCAAAUGCUGAGACCCGAUACAAUCAGAUAAUUGUUAUUUCUGUUUUUACACAAAAACGCUUUUUUUUAUCAUUAUUAAAAUGGGGUACUAACUUUUGAACAUGACUGUGUGAAACAAUCAAGCAACAAAAAAUGAUCAGGCUGGUGAUUAGUAUACUGGUGAUGCUGAAUGCUGAGUGGUUGGAACAGAUAUACGUACAGUAUCUACGUACUUUGAAGUCUGUCACAGUAAAACGUCUGUUUCCUUUUAUUUCAUUUUAUUUAAUAUGACGAAAUGAAGUGUGGCUCAAGACUUUUGCACAGUACUGUAUGAUUAUAUAUGCAUAAAUUUAUAAAAUACUUAAUGAUUAAUAAUGGAGUAACUGAGUAAAUUGAAGUUAUUCAAUCUUUUUAGUAUUUUGUUUAAGCACCUCUAAGCUUUUUUAGGUUUUAUGUUUGUUAUCUUAUUCUCCAAGAUAUCACUUGGAGAAUGAAAUAUAAAUAAAGUUGAAAUAUUUGUGAAGCAUUUCUGCAUGUUGAUGUCUGGCUAUGCCAGAGUUGAUUUUAUGCAUUUUCUGAUAAGUCAGGGUAUAGUUCUACUAUACAAGAAUACAUGCUUUAUUCACAUAUAUACUGUUUAAUUGCCUUUUACCUUUUUUUUUCUGGUUAUUUUUGCAUUCACAACGUAUUAUAGGGUUUAUUAACUAAACAUUUUCUUUUCUUGUAACCAGCCGUUAUUUAUUUUUAGUUUGUAAAUGUCUUUUUCCUUUUAUGAUGUGUUCAAUCACGGCGUAUUCUAUUUGUAAGUGUAAAAAGGAAAACAAGACUAAAGGCGAUCAAUUUCACUGACAGCUAAGAAUGAUUUUUACGAUUUUAGAUUUUCAUUUCAUUUGUCACCCAAUAAGCUCAAUUCGGUGCAAUUAUUAUGUAGCACCUUGAUGCCUAAAUAUGGGACUAAUAACUAAUAAAUUCUGAAUAAUAUUCAAACUCGCAGCCUAGAGAGAUGUUUACUGGCUUAAAAGUAUUGCAGGAUUGUUUCACUCAGUGAUUGUCUCUAGUAAAAAUGUGCACAUUGAGCU